AUGCAUCAUCCACGAAGUUUUAGUUUUGAUAAGCUAAAAAAUAAGGUAGUCCAUAGACAUUCAACAGACUCAAAUUUAGAAAUACAUAACAGAAGCCAUAGUCUAGAUAACUCAACUAAUUCGUCACCCAACAAUAAAAAUAAUUCUCAAUCAAAUCAUCAUAGUUAUUUCCAUAAGAGUGAUACACCUCCAAGAGAAAAUUUAUCAACAUCGUCAAGAAUAAGAUCAACUUCAUUAUCUUUUCAUCAUGAUUCUCCAAAGGAAAGAUCCCGAUCUAGAACAAGAUCUAAAUCUAUUACACAUCAUUCACAAACUUUAUCACCAUCAAAUAUUUUUAAAUCUAAUAAAACAAAAGAUUUAAUUAAACAAGAAACUUCAAAUGUAUUAUCUAAAAAGCUUAUUCAAAUGUUACAAGAUUUAGGAUUACAACAACCAAUAUCAUUAAAAACAACAACUUCAGGUUCCAUCUCAAAAACUUGUAAAAUUUACAUAUCAAAUUCAAAUGAUUGUAUAUAUUUACCACCAGCUGCAUCAACUAGUUUUACUUAUGAAGAUGUUGAAAAUGGUGGAACUGUACCAAAUAAUGAUAUGAAUUCUCCUAGGUCUUCGAUAUAUAAUCAACAAGAAAAUGAUGAUCAAUUUCCAGCAGAUCUAAGUCGUAGAUCUUCAACAUCAACUCCGAGUACAUUGAAUGAAACUACCACCUCUAACUCAAUAUAUCAAAGAAUGAAAUCAUUUCAUAGUCCCAAUUACUUAUGUUCUAAAAUAGAUUCAGACCUCCCUAUACCUCAUACAUUUGCAGUAAUAAUAGAAUUAACAAAGGAUGUGUCAACCAUAAAAGAUCUUGUAUUCAAAUUCCAAUCAUCAACUCAAAUUUUAUGGCCAACAGGUGAUCCAUAUAACCGUUCCCAAUUAAAAGAAAAAUUUCGUAUUGGAACAAUGGAAUGGUCAACAAAUUUUAAUAAUGCAGAUUACUAUAUAAAUGCUUCAAAUUCCAGUGAAUAUAAAUUUAAAAAUAUAAAACCUGAUGAUUUAGCUAAAAGAUCAAGAGAAUAUAAACUAGUUGAUAUAUCAAAAACUACAAACAACAAUCCGAGAGAUGAAUUUUCAACUGAAGAUUCUCCACCACCGUCAUCAACAUCCACCACCGAAGAAUCAUCUACACCACAAUUCAAUUCAGAACAUAAAGCUGGUCUUUAUGUAUUUUUAUUACCUAUACUAUUACCAGAACAUAUCCCAGCGACAAUAGUUUCAAUAAACGGUACAUUAAGCCACACGCUACUGGUUAAUUUUAACAAAAUAAGUGAUAAACUUAAUAGGAAAUUAAAAGUCAACGCUGCUUAUGCUAUUCCAAUGGUUAGGACCCCACCCAAUUUUGCAAAUUCAAUAGCUGAUAAACCAAUUUAUGUAAAUAGAGUAUGGAAUGAUUCAGUUCAUUAUAUGAUUACAUUUCCCAAAAAAUAUAUUUCAUUAGGUUCAGAACAUGUUAUUAACGUUAAAUUAGUACCAUUAGUUAAAGAUGUUGUCCUUAAACGAAUCAAAUUCAACGUACUAGAAAGAAUUACCUACGUUUGUAAAGAUUUAUCAAAAGAAUAUGAUUAUGAUAGUGAAGAUCCAAAUUUUUUACAUCCAUUAUCAAAGGAGAACAAAAUCAGAGAAAGAGUAGUAUCAUUAUGUGAACUCAAGACAAAACAUAAACAAUCAUCAAAUGCAUUUGGUGAUCCAUACAAAGAAGAAGUUAUAAAAUGUCCCGAUAACAACUUAUUAUUUUCAUGUUAUGAGCCAGAAAAUGAAUUUGAUAAUACCCCAGCCUCGAAAAAGAAAAACCAUCAAAAGGAUAAAACAAUGAUUGCUUCACCUAUAGACAUAAACAUUGCAUUGCCAUUUCUUACUACAAAAACAGAUAAGUAUAUGAUGACUGGUUCAUCAAGUGAAGAUGAAUACUCACCAUUUUCAUCAACAAAUACUCCAACAACAUCAAGAAAAGCAUCCAUUAUAGAAUCAACAACUCGAAAUCCCCCAAGUUCUCCCAUUAUUGGAUCACUAGAAACAAACUUAUCAAACGUAGACGAGGUAGGGUUACAUGAAUCACAAAAACACCCAACAUCAGCUUACUUAUCAGAUGAUCUUUCGUCAAAACAUACCCCACCAGAAAAUAUCAAAAACGGAUAUACACUAGUAUCAAGAGCAUUAUAUCCAGAUUCAAAUUUUAGACAUAUUCAAAUAAAUCAUAGAUUACAAAUUUGUUUUAGAAUUUCAAAACCUGAUCCAAAAGAUGAUUUUAAAAUGCAUCAUUAUGAAGUUGUGGUUGAUACUCCUUUAAUCUUAUUAAGUUCAAAAUGUAAUGACGUAUCUAUUCAACUUCCUCGUUAUAAUGAAAUAGAAGUAUUAAACUCAGUAACUUCAGAAGAUUCAAUUUCUUUCAAUACUCCAAAUUAUAAAUCAACAAAUGGAGUCUCGAUAAAACCAUGGAUUCCUAAUUCAGAAGAGAAUCUUUCAACAUCAUCUAGUACAGAACAACUUCCAUCCUUCGAAGAAGCAACAUCAACUCCUAACUCACCAUUAACAAGAUCAUUAUCAUACCCAGAAGAUCCAUUAAGUAGAAUCCCUUCAAUACCAUUGAUUUUACCAAACGAACCAGCACCAGCUUAUGAAGAUCAAGAAGAUCAAUUUACUUCAGUAUCUCCAACGCCUACACCUCCAUCUACUUCAGCUAUGAACACUACGAGAGAUUCAGUUAGUUCUUUAAACAUAGAUGAAAUAGUAACUGAAGAAAUCACACAACCACCAUCUGCAACUGGAUUAGAAAGAAGACAAUCAAGUAUAAAAGAAAGUUUGUCACAAUCAUUUCGUCCAAAUAAUUCACAACCAAAUAGUUUUUCAAACAAUUCACCAUUUCAUCAUCGUCACAACCAUCAAAGAAACGAACCAGCAAGUUCCCCAAAUUCAAGUGACGAUAACAGAAGUAUUCAAUCAAGUUCAUCUUCAUCAUUAAUACUAAACCAAAAUGGAACAGUUGGUGUAACUCCUCCUUCUUCAACUAUACCUGACUCAACUAGUUCAUUAAGUUCAAUAAGUGAUGAAGUUGAAACUGAAGAAGCUGCAAUAAAUGAAGUUAAUCCAUUAGAAUUCAGCAAUGAUUAUAAUGAUUAUGAUAAUGAAGAGGCUAUAUUGGAUGAUGAUGAUGAUGAAGAGGAAGAUAGUAAUAUCCCCUCAAAUGGACUAACUGCAAAAGUUAUUAAUGAAUCAUCUGAUGAGAAUCUUAUAAUAAAUAAUUAUCAACCUGAAUUUUCUCAGUCAGCAAAUCAAAUUACAAAUGAUCAAUCAAACAUUUCGAUAGACAAUCAACAAAAUGAGAAAGCUCUAGAAGGUGAAGAAGAUUUUGAGGAUGAAGACGAUGAGGGAGAAGAAAAGGAAGACGAAGAUGACGAAGAAGAAGAAAAUGAAGACUUAAUAACUCAAGAAAUCAAAUUUGCUCAAAGACUUCCCCUUCUAAAAAACAUUUCUAGUGAUUCAAUAAGAACAACCUCAACAAAUUACAAUAAUCCAACUCGUUAUCAAAACAAAUCAUCAGCAUCACUAGCGAAUUACGCAAGACAAUCUACUGAUAAUUUAUCAUUAAUGACUGUAUCCACAAACUUAACAAAUUUGAAACCUCAAGAUAUUCAUCAUUUAAAUACUUAG